AAUUUGUGGCCAUUGAUGAAUUGUCACACAUACCCCACACACAUAGGCACACAUCCACAUUACUGGAUUGCUCCAUCUCUCUCAAUUCCCCAAUAAGCCAUUACCAUGGGCACCCUAUCUCCCAAGCUAGCCACCGGAAUUCUCCAUUUCCCGUCUCACCGCCACCACUGUAAACUGCCUUCACUCCUCCCUGUCAACUUCAAUUCAUCAACAGGCAACAGUUUUGGUUGUAGUAGAUGUAGCAAUGUCAAGGUGAAGACAGUAAAAUGCAAGGCAACUGAGGUUUCAGUUGCGGAAGGGUCAUCGGCGGCCAAUUGGGUGCCUGUGGUUCCGUUGUCAGCACUGCCAAAAGGAGAGAGACGUGUUAUUAUACAAGAUGGGGAAACUAUACUCCUGCUUUGGUAUAAAGAUGAUGUUUUUGCUAUUGAAAAUCGUUCCCCUGCUGAAGGUGCUUAUAGCGAAGGACUUCUUAAUGCUAAGCUCACUCAGGAUGGAUGUAUCGUGUGUCCUACAACAGAUAGCACAUUUUAUCUGCAAAAUGGAGCCAUCAAAGAAUGGUAUCCAAAUAAUCCUGUGCUGAGAGUCCUUACUCCCGCCUUGAGAAAUUUGUUUGUUUAUCCUGUUAAAACCGACGAUGAGAAUAUCUACAUCAGCAUGAGAGGUGGAAAAAUUGAUGCAUCUGCAGAGAUUGUUUUCAGUGGAAAGGCUCAACCUGGUGUAACAGCAACUGACGUGAAUGUAGACGAGGUAAGAAUGGUUAUCGACGAGGGUCAAGAGGCCUUUGGGUUCACGGGAAGGAAUGAACUGAUAAAUGGAAAAGCAGCAGUAAUUGGUUUCCUGUUGCUACUGGAUUUUGAACUCUUGACCGGCAAAGGUCUUCUCAAAGGAACAGGGUUCUUGGACUUCAUUUACUCAGUUUCAGAUGCUUUCAAAUGAAACCAUUUCACUAAAGGAAAAUUUUCCUACUAAGUUAUACAUAAAUUCUUAUUCCCCGUCCCUCUUUUUUUCUCCCUUUAACUAUUUCUCUCACAAAUUCUUAAACCAAAACAAAGAAUGUUGAUCUUUGUAUAUGUUGUCCAACUUUACAGAUUAGUGAAUUAUAUAGACCUUUGAACAA